AUGAAAGAUAAUAUUAGAUCAAGGAUAAUUUCGCAACUUAUCUAUGCUUGUUUGAUUAAUCAUUUCAUCGCUAAUGCUUAGCAAAUUGACUGCUUUUAAGAUAGAUAUCCUAUGAUUUUUAGGUUUAAUGAGUACACAGCUAUAAAAACAAUAUAUACAACUUCCAACGGCGAGUUGUACUUUGGAGGUGCUACACAGGAUGAUAUUGCCAAUCGAUAAAGUAAUGCGGAUAAGCCAAUAUAUGGAAUGAUUAAUUCAGAUUCAUCAAUAGCCUGGAUUUACACAAUUUCAGAUUUAAGCGGGCAUGUGGUAUAAAUCUAAUAUUAAGAAACAACUGAUCCUCUUACUAGCUUAGUAUACAUGAUGAUAAAUACUCCCAAUUAGUAUUAUACAAUCGCUAUUACAAAUAGAUUCGGUUAAGUUCCUUAAUAUUUGGAACCUCAAAAUUUAUACUUCAAUUAAAGUAACUCCCUAUCUAAAUUUUCAUUUUUUGCCACCGAAAAUGGUCAAAUAUAUCAUAUUACAGUACCAAACAUUACAGAUGGAAGCUUAUUCUAUAGAUUGUUCUAAAUUGAUAAAAUUACAUUUAAUACUGCAACUUAGCUUUAUCAAUCAAAUUCGAUCAUUCGCUCAAAAAACUUAAAAGCAUAUCGAUUUAGAGCAGUAUUGAUGAAAUAUUUCGAAGAUACCCUUUUUAUAGGUGGUGAGUUUGAUGCUAAUUUAAAUGAUUAGAUGAGGAAUCCAGGUUCUUUAAGAAUCAACUUUGAUGACUAAGUUAUGGAAAAUGAUGGACUAUUAUUGAUUGGGUUUCAAAAAUAAGAUUACAUCAUUAUUUUCCAUGAUGUGAUGAGAUCAACCUUAACAAAUAAUAUAACUCAAUAUUUUGAAAUGAAAGGAACAGAUGAUGGUUAAUCAGCAAUGAUGAUUUAUAUGUAGGAUAAUAAACUGUACUAUGAUGAAUUGUCAUUUGAUAACGGUAAGUUAAAGAAAACGAUAAUCAACUAAUUCUUGUAUAAGCAGCUUGUCUCCUCAUAUAUUACCAGCUGA